CCGUCUGUGCUUUUACAGCAUCCGUGUCCCGCUCGACACAGUCUUGACCGGCCAACAUUUAUCAUACAUAGCCACUUUAUAUUUACGCCUUUGAGUAUAUUGGGUAUUCUUGGGUUUCGUGAGAUUCUCUGACCGGCAUCAUGUCGCUCCCUGAGCGACCCGGGGUUGCAAGCCCUGCUUACGAACGUCGAACUUCGUACCGACAAUCGACGACUUCAAGAAGAAGUCGUCCUGCUGACAUCGAAACUGGUUACUAUCCCGUACCAGGACGGAGAAUGUCCUCACAUCAGCGUGCGCCAUCCGGAAACUCCUUUGCCGAGACGAUUCGCAAUCCUAAUGGGACGACAGAUAAAUCCCCUCUUUCUCCUACUUCCCCCGCAGAGACUCCUGCUGGUGUGCCCUCGCGAAAGAGGAGUCUUAUAAGGCCGGAAAGAAACCGGAUCGACAAGGACCACCCGAAUUAUUAUUAUCGGCAACAUGCCGCCAACAUGGAAACGCUUCCCUCCUCUACCGGUAACGAUCCUAUAUACGAAGACCUCGAGGGGAGGACAGACUUGUCCGGAGAACGGACUAUCGAUGCUACUUCGGAUAGCUCACCACCUCGAAGACACCACAGCGGGGAUAGUGAGAAGCACAAGUCGAGGACUUCACAGCGGAGACGGCAAUCGGGGGGUGUCAAGAUAUCAAAAUCCGCAAGGGAAACUAAGCGCCGGAAGCCCAAGGAGACAAUUAGCCCCCCGAGCGUGUGGAAUGUAUACUGCGCUAUUAUAACGUUUUGGUGCCCUGACUUCAUUUUGAACUGCUGCGGCUUCCGUUCGAAGGCACAGAGAAGAGCUUGGAGGGAGAAGAUGGGUUUGAUUAGCAUCAUUCUUUACAUCAUGGCCUUCGUCGGUUUCCUAACAUUCGGUUUCCAACAAACCGUCUGCGCCGCAGCCGAUGUCCGGCUUCAUGUCAACGAGGUUUCUUCAAGCUACAUGAUAUUCCACGGUAUCGCUUAUGACCUCACGAAAUCCAGUCACCCUCCCGCCGAUGGUAUCCCACUCAAACAAGACGGAUCAUACCCUAACAUUAUAUAUGACAUCCCAACUAGGUAUGGUGGCAUGGAUGGCAGUUUUCUAUUCCAGAACGUCAAUGGCAAAUGCAAGGGACUCAUCACCCUUGCGGAUAACUCGGAUGUCCCUCACGAUGCGAAUGAUAGGGACGACCUUGCUUGGUAUUUCCCAUGUACAGCAUUCAACCAAGAUGGGUCGUCGUCACCCAAUUUCACGUGGCCGUACUACACCGGUUAUGCAUGCCACACUACCCAGGAAGCUAGGGACACUUUCUAUCUCCAGCUUCAUGGCACCGGUGAUGUAUUCUAUACUUGGGAUGAUAUCAAGAAUAGCUCGCGCAACUUAGUUGUUUACUCUGGUAACGUUCUCGAUUUAGAUCUACUCAACUGGUUCAACGAAGACGAGGUCAAAAUUCCAGACCGCUUUAAACAAUUGAGAGAUACGAACUCAGCUGCUAACCGGGCCGUUCGUGGACGCGAUAUUACUCGAGCAUUCCAGAAGCCUGCAGACAAGCAACUUGCUGAGUGUUUUGAAGAGACUAUUAAAGUUGGGACGGUGGAUACGGAUACUGUUGGAUGUAUUGCGUCUCAGGUGGUCCUUUAUGUGUCGCUGAUUCUGAUUCUAUCGGUUGUCGUCGCGAGGUUUGGGUUAGCGCUGGUAUUCCAGUGGUUCAUCAGUCGCAAAUACGCUGCUAUGAAGACCUCGCAAACAGCUGACAAGAAGAAGCGGAACCGACAGAUCGAGGACUGGACCGAGGACAUCUACCGAGCUCCCCCGCGGAUGCCUGGGGAUAUUGGCAGCAGCUACAUGGGGUCUGAUAGGACUAGUAAGCGUGCUAGUACUUUCCUGCCUACGACAUCUCGCUUUUCGGCGGUCUAUGGCACUGAUAGAAACCCCCGUCGGCCUCAACCGACGACCAUGGCGAGCCAAGCGUCAACUGGGCCCCUGCUUCACCCCAACUCGAUGUACAAGCAAGGAAACGAUAGCCGGUCGAGCAUGCUCCGUACCGACCCGUAUACAAACACAGCCAGUCCGAUUGAUGGGUAUGGCCCUGCUGGCUUUAUCCAUGAGGCUGUGGUUCCACAACCGCCAUCUGAUUACCAACCCUUUGGGUUCCCCUUAAUCCAUUCGAUCUGCCUUGUGACAGCCUAUUCCGAGGGAGAGAUGGGUAUCCGAACCACGUUAGACUCGAUUGCCAUGACAGACUACCCUAACAGCCACAAGGUCAUCCUCGUUAUUUGCGACGGUAUGAUCAAGGGCAAGGGCGAGUCGAGGACAACACCUGACUUCGUGCUUGGUAUGAUGAAGGAUCACACUGUCGCGCCUGAAGAUGUUCAAGGUUUCUCGUAUGUGGCCGUGGCUAGUGGUUCGAAACGGCACAACAUGGCCAAGGUAUAUGCUGGUUUCUACGACUAUGGCGCUAAGUCUGCCAUUCCGGUUGAAAAGCAGCAAAGAGUCCCCAUGAUGCUAGUGGUGAAAUGCGGCACACCCGAUGAAUCCACCAAAUCUAAGCCGGGCAACCGAGGCAAACGUGACAGUCAAAUCAUUCUGAUGUCGUUCUUGCAAAAGGUUAUGUUUGACGAGCGCAUGACGGAACUGGAGUUUGAGAUGUUUAACGGUCUCUGGAAGGUGACCGGUAUAUCUCCCGACUACUACGAAGCUGUACUCAUGGUCGAUGCCGAUACCAAAGUCUUUCCCGACAGCUUGACCCACAUGCUCUGUGCCAUGGUUCGAGACCCCGACAUCAUGGGGCUCUGCGGCGAGACCAAGAUUGCCAACAAGCGACAGAGUUGGGUCUCGGCCAUUCAAGUUUUCGAGUACUUCAUAUCCCAUCAUCUGUCGAAAUCUUUCGAAUCUGUUUUCGGUGGUGUUACUUGUCUCCCCGGUUGUUUCUGCAUGUACCGCAUCAAGGCACCCAAGGGCGCACAAAACUACUGGGUUCCUAUAUUGGCCAAUCCGGACGUUGUCGAGCAUUAUUCUGAGAAUGUUGUUGAUACGCUGCACAAGAAGAAUCUCUUGCUCCUUGGAGAGGAUCGUUACCUGACUACUCUCAUGCUUCGAACCUUCCCCAAGCGUAAGCAAGUUUUUGUUCCUCAGGCAGUGUGCAAGACUACCGUUCCCGACGAGUUCAGUGUGCUGCUCUCCCAGAGACGAAGAUGGAUCAACUCUACAAUCCACAACCUCAUGGAACUAGUUCUUGUCAAGGAUCUGUGCGGCACCUUUUGCUUCAGUAUGCAAUUUGUAGUUUUCAUUGAAUUAAUCGGUACUCUGGUACUCCCCGCGGCCAUUGCGUUCACGUUUUACGUCGUUAUCUCCUCUAUCGUUGGUCCAGAACCCCAGGUCAUACCGCUAGUUCUCCUUGCUUUGAUUCUUGGUCUACCCGCUGUCCUCAUCAUCGUCACAGCCCAUUCGUGGACGUACGUUGUAUGGAUGUUGAUCUAUCUCGUGUCACUCCCAGUCUGGAACUUCGUCCUCCCAAGUUACGCUUUUUGGAAGUUUGAUGACUUUUCGUGGGGUGAUACUCGAAAGACGGCGGGAGAGAAGACCAAGAAGGCCGGCAUCGAGUAUGAAGGCGAGUUUGACAGUAGCAAGAUCACUAUGAAACGAUGGGCCGAGUUCGAACGAGAACGGCGCAUCAGGGACAACUACUGGGGAUCGAGGGAGAGUGUGAUGAGAAGUAGCUGGGCUGGCCCUGGUCCAAAUGCUACACCGUAUCACCACGCCUACGACGAUCAGUACUAUUCAGAUGCAUGAUUAUAAGAUUCGGGGGUUAAGUAUUACGAAGUGUAUUCAUUUACUAUAUAUAUAUAGAUAACGGUGCUGUCACGAGGG